AUGGCCACCCUAACUCGUCCGAAGGAAGAAGGCGAUCAGAAUCAACGAACCAACUCUACCAACGCGAUAGAAGACUUAUCGUCGACGGUUCCGUCCCCAUUCCCCAGCAUACAGAUAAAACCGACAACCAAUACGCGUGAACUACAAGCGCCAGAGCGUCCAUCAGUCUCCAUUGAGGGAUCAAACACACAAGAGUCAUCUGUUGACUCGCAUGCCAUCGCAUGCACGUCCAAGGAGAUACCCGUAGAUAUACGUUUGGAAGAGGAUCAUACCCAGACGGUGGCUAAUGUUUUGCCCUCUAUUUCUCAAGUCGAGAACUCGUGUUUGAUAGCUUUAAACACGUUACUUGCCAACGCGCGACCACAUUUUCCUUGGGCUCCUAUCCUUCCACCUCGACGCCACUCCAUGCCCAGUCCAACAUCCGCACUCCCAUCCACAAGUAUAAUCGAGCAAGACAUUACUCCUGCUCUGAAUACGCUCUUGAGCAACCUGCGUUCUUUGGCUGGAGAGGAGCAAGGAAUGAUUCAAAUCGCUCCUGAAUCGAUGGAGAGGAGCGGGAUGAUCAGCGAGCUACAUAAUCGCGUCAACGUGCUUGCUGAUACGCUGGUAGAGAGCGAUGCUCAACUGGCUAAAUCUCUCGUCUCCUUGCUCGCCCAUGUCGAACGUCUUACUCAGAUACAACCCGACUCGUUACACACUCCGGAUGCAGCUCAGCUGGACUUUGCACCCGAUCAGCAUUCUUUGAGUAUUUAUGAUACGUUGAAUCGUCAAGUGAGCCACUUAAAGGCUCAGAGGACAGAGACUGAGGGCAACCCUCGUCAACUAGAAGAAACCUUCGCGGUUAGGAACAGACUAGAGCAGAGGAUUCUCUGGGACAGAAUUGACGAUGAUCUGGAGGUUGUAUCACGCCUAUGUCGACGACGCAUGAACGCUGUAGACCCAUUCGCAGACGAUUUUGACGACAUCCACAGGGCUGUUAGCCCGUCUCUCCCACCAGAGUACGAUCCCGCCGACUAUGAGCCACCAGAAUAUAGGAUAUCCCAUGAAUAUUCAUUACUUCAAGAGAAAGAAAAGGAGAAGAAGCCACGGCUUACGGUAGAGGAUGACAGGCAAACUCUGAAUCCCCCACGGUCGUCUACCGUAGGAAUUCAAGACGAGAAAAUGAGAUUGGAGUUCGAAGCUGUGACGAUGGCCAUCGAUAGGCUCUAUCAAGUCGCCCCUCAACUACAUAAUCAGCGGGUAGAGCUAAAGAAGAAAAAGUUGGAAGAAAUGGAGCGUGCCUCAAAGGCGACUGCCGCAACUUCUAGUACAGUAAACGGUGCUCAACGAAGUCGAAGUGGAAGCUCUGCAGAGAAAACAGAGUUCCCUCGUAUAGCAUCGGGUAAAGGGAAAAGUAAACUGAGGGAUGACGAGAGGGAUUUGGACAAUAUGCUUUUGCUCAUUGGCAAGGCAUCUUCCAGGCGUCUUAAUGACCAAGCGGUGAUCAUGACGGAUGAUAUGAAGUCGCGAAUUCAAAAGGCUAAACAGCAAGAUGACGAAGACCGCCGUAAAUUCGUUGAGCAGCUUGCAACACAUUCUGAUGCUGGACGUCUACAUAAUCAAGAUGCUACAAUCCCAUCCAGUCCGCGGAUCAAGGAUCCUGACGCGCUGCUAACUCUACCAGAGUUCAUCAGGGAGGCAGUACCUCCAGGCAUCCAAACUACAUUAAAUGACCCUAAUGCACUCCUGACAUUACCUGAAUUCGUCCGGGAAUCUCAGCAAAUGAACCUUGCGAAUGGAUCCACUGAAAGCAAUGGUUCAAACAGUCCCCGACCAUCUGCGUUGGAAGCCAAGGAGAAGAAGACCGGAAAGUCUCUCUACAAGCAUCGAAGUAAAAGCUUUUCCAGUGCCUCUGGAGCGGGAGCUUGGCUCAUAAGUAAGGGAUGGAUGCGUCAACCCUCCUCACUCAUUCCGAAUCUUAUCAAUGAUGACACCAGCAAAUCCCCUCGAUCACAAGGUAGUAUCCACACUCAAAUUUUGAAUAUCAGCAGCUUAUCGUUCAUGGCAGCCGGCCUCAAUGUGACUUUUGUGGCGGAAUUCCAAGAGUAUCUCAAUACGGUUAUCAUUCUAUUCAAAUUAGAUGGACUCGAACAUCCACCAAAGCAAGUUAUUCUUGAAGUUGUCCCUAAUCCUGGAGAAGGGGUAACAUCCGGUGAUCGCAUCCUUGUCAAGCACGGCGCAAGCUGGUCCCCUCCUUUGUUACUUCCCACUCGCGUAUUACUUGGAAAGUUCACUGCUCAGCCUACAGGAGAUCACUAUGAAAUCAAGUUAGAAACUCCUGCAAGUCCUCAAUCUACUGGGAGUGGCCCCGUAGCUCUACUCGACGCAGUUCAACUCACAAACAUAUCCCCUUCAUCAUUCGUAUGCUCUUCUUGCUCGCUUCCUCUAGCUCAGAAUCCCGCCGCUCAGCAGGCUACGUCAUCUGAGCAGUCUAUUAAUGGCCCUUCUCCUCCAAACCUGACAUUCAAAGAUCUUCCUAGUGAAUAUUGGGCGGAGCUCGUAGACGCAUGGAUGUGUCAUCAGGACCAAAAACUGACAGAGCGCAUCACACAAGGAGCGAAGGAAGGCUUCUGGCCUGCAAAGGAUGAGUGCCUUGUUGGAGGUAGUUACCUCUUGUUCGAAGGAGCAUCGAUCAUCAAGUCAAACACAAAGCAAACGGACAAGAAGAAUGUAAGUUUUUCGUCAAAACCAGUUUUCUUCGGUGCAACAAUGUUAGCGGACGAAAAGAAGGCCUUCACUGGAUUGUCCACCAGUGGUCAUUCUCAUUUCUUCUUGGAUCUUUAG